CCUAGCGAGGUAGAGGGAUUUUGGAUUGAGCAAUGCGGGUUUAGGUUAUCGCGAUCUAGCCCAGCGCGCCGUCUGUGAGCGGCAAGGCGCUCACGAUUCUCGGUGAUUUCCAGCGGAUCGCGGCUCCGGCGCCAUGAGAUCGAGCAAAGUUCCUGGAUACACGCCCGGGAGUGCGCCAAACAGCGCGCAGAAAGAUCCACACCAUCAAAAGGAGAACUGCCUUAACUCGCCGUUUGAGAAGAGGAGGAAGACCGUAUGUAAGGAUGUGUUUGGAGUCAGGCAGCAGACGCCUCAAGCCCCAGAGACGAGGUGCUCGCGUCCUGUGCUCACCACGCUGUUGGAUGCAAGCCCCUCUCAUCCGCUCCAGACACACCAAAGCGUGGCGUUGGAGGGUUCUCUAUCAGAGGCUUGCAGUUUGUCCAGGGCAGAUGUCGACGCGUUGUUAGCCAUGAAGAUGGCUGGAAAGACAAAGUUUGAUUUCAAGGGUAAGAACGAGCAGAUGAGUGACUACAUAAAGAAGCUUCGAGUUUGUAUCAGGCAGUUCCAAGACCAGGAGGUGAAGCUAAGUUUUGAAAAGGAAAACCUUGAGAGCGCGCUUGACGGAGAAAGACGCGAUCGAGAAGUAACUGAGGCUUUUCGAAGGCAAAAGCAGGAUGAGCUGGAGCAAGGUCUUUCUGAGCUCAAGAAUCUAUGUACAUCACUGGAAGAUAGAUUGAUGUCAGUCAUGUCGGAAAAGGAGUCUUUAUUGUGUGCUAGAGAAAAAGAUAUGGAACAACUAAAAGCAACGGGUAAAGAAAUGGCUGGACUUGUUGAGGAGCUUGAAAGAUCACGGAGUGAAGCCACGAGCUUGUCGAAUCAGGUGCUGUCGCUUCAAGAUCUCAACAAACGCUUGCAGGAGUAUAAUACUAGCUUGCAACAAUAUAACAGCAAAUUGCAAAGUGAUGCAUCAGUCUCGGCAGAAGCUUGCGGGAAACUUCAAAAGGAAAAGACCACCUUAAUGGAAACUUUGGGCAGUUUACGUGGCCACACCGCGGCACUCCAAGAACAAAUAGAUAUGCUUAAGGCGACUCUGCAGGAAGAGUUAAAACAGAAAAAAGCUUUGAUAGACGAGGCGGAAAGGCUACGGGCAGAAGUUCAACGCAUUACUGACGAGCGUGACCAGCAUGCAGCUCAUGUUCAGUCUCUGAUGGAAGAAAACAAUACGUACAAGGAAUGUACUGGUAAGUCGGCUGCAGAGCUUGAGUUUUUAAGCAGUAAGGCAAUCGCAUUGGAGGAAUGCUAUACUUCUCAAACCGAGCAAGUUAAAAGUUUGCGCCAGCAAUUAGACGUUGCAAACCACAAACUGCUGAUAACCGAGCGCUCAUAUCUUCAAGAAAGGACUGAAGUUGCGGAGAACAGAGAGCUAAUAGAAGAUCUGACGAAUCGUCUGGCUGAAGCUGAUAUCCGAAUUCGCGAAGGUGAAGAAAUUCGUCGCAAGCUCCACAACACUAUUCAGGAAAUGAAAGGAAACAUUCGGGUGUUUUGUCGAGUGCGUCCAAUCUUUCAAGAAGAAGGUGAUCCAGAAGCAGGCAUUUCCGUGGUGCAGUAUCCGAACACAACAGACUUGCUUGGCCGUGGAGUGGAACUCGUUCCCAUGCAAGGUCAAAGGCACUUCUUUUCUUUCGACAAAGUGUUUGGUCCUGAAACUGGCCAAGAGAGCGUGUUUACAGAAAUAUCUCAACUUGUGCAAAGUGCUCUGGAUGGAUACAAGGUGUGUAUAUUUGCGUACGGUCAGACUGGCUCAGGAAAAACACACACAAUGCUUGGCAAUCCCGAAGUAGAUGAACUGAGGGGGGUGAUUCCGCGGUCUCUGGAGCAGAUAUUCAGAUCUAGUCAAGAGCUGAUCACUAGAGGCUGGACAUUCAGGAUGCAGGCGUCUAUGCUGGAAAUUUACAACGAGCAAAUACGAGAUCUGCUGGGUUCUGGUCGUGCUAGCACUACAGAGGGUGGGACUCCGAUGAAAUGUCAGCAGCAGUACCAGGUGAAGCACGAUCAAACUGGCAACACAUAUGUCACAGAUCUCACUAUGGUUGAUGUCACCAAUUGGAAAGAAGUAUCGUCACUCUUGCAUCGGGCUACUGUAAGCAGAUCUGUGGGUAAAACGGCACUGAACGAACAGUCGUCGAGGAGUCAUUGCGUUUUUACACUACGCAUCACCGGGUCCAACGAGAGCACCGAGCAAGAAGUCAAUGGGGUGUUGAAUCUCAUUGAUUUGGCGGGGAGCGAACGCCUCUCCCGUAGUGGAUCAACUGGAGAUCGUCUCAAAGAGACGCAGGCCAUAAACAAAAGCUUGGCCAGCCUCGGUGACGUGAUUGCCGCGAUUGCCAACAAAGAACAACACGUUCCCUACAGAAACUCCAAGCUCACGUAUCUUCUCCAGCCUUGCUUAGGUGGAGAUUCGAAGACGCUGAUGUUCGUCAACAUCGCCCCCGAGGCCAAGUCGCUGCACGAAUCUCUGUGCUCGCUCCGGUUUGCGGCCAAAGUGAAUGCUUGCGAGAUCGGUGUGCCGCGAAGAUUGGCUGUGGCUCCUCAGCCAACGAGACUGAGCUACGAGUGAUCCAAGCAAGAAAAAUGUAGACAAAGGAUGGAUAAGCGUUGGGAUUAUGUUUUAACGUGUUAAAGGGCAAGGGAUCGAUCCGCAUUACUUUUUA